UAUGGAAAUGCAUCCCAUUUUGUCAUAAAAUAAUAUCCAAAAUUCAUUAUCUCAUUUCCACUACCAUAAACCACCGGCAAUGGCCACCAUUCGCCACCUCUUUAUCCUCACUUUUUUCACACUUAUCUUAUUAGUUCAUGCCAAAUUAAAUCUUCACCUAAGUGAUCAUGAAGCCCUUUUGGCAAUCUACAUGGACUUGGGUGUUUCAGGUCACAAUGACAACUUUUGUAAUGCCCCAGGAAUCUUUUGUGAACGGAGGAGCUCUAAUAGAUCCUCCGUUCUCCGUGUCACUCGUAUUGACUUCAAACAUCGGCGAAUGAGAGGCUACCUCUCUCCGGCGAUAGGGAAGCUUACAGAGCUCAAAGAGCUCUCUUUACCCAACAACCACCUAGUUGACCAAAUCCCAUUCCAAAUCACAAACUGCAAGAAGCUUGAAGUUCUAAACCUUCAUGGCAACCGGUUUUCGGGACAAGUCCCAGAUGGGUUGUCUUCCCUCACCCGUCUUCGGAUCCUAGAUCUUUCAUCCAAUAAAUUCUCAGGUGAUCUAGGAUUCUUGAAGUACUUUCCUAAUCUCGAAAAGUUAUCACUUUCGGAUAACUUGUUUAGUGGAAACAUACCAGCCUCGAUUCGUUCAUUUAGGAAUCUUAGAUUCUUUAAUGUGUCUGGCAAUAGUUUCUUAGAAGGCCCAAUGCCGGUUUUGAACCAAUUGGACGAGUCUGUUCCAAAACGUUAUGUAUUCGCCGAGACGAAUUCUAAUAAUUCUUCAAACCGCCAGUCUUCAACUGGAAGCGCCCCAGCUCCUGCUCCAGUUUCCGAACCCAAAAAAGAUGAUAAAAACAACAAGAAAAAGAAGGUAAUUCGUUGGAUACUCGGGUUUUUAGCUGGAUUACUAGCUGGGGUUAUAUGUGGUACUAUUUUCUCGGUUUUGUUUAAAUUGGUUAUGAAUAUGAUCAAAGGUAAAAAGAAUGAAACCGGGCCAGCUAUCUUUAGCCCAUUGGUUAAAGCUGAAGAACUCACGUUUUUGGAGAAAGACGACGGUGUUGAUUCCCUUCAAGUGAUAGGAAGAGGAGGUUGCGGAGAAGUCUAUAAAUAUGAAUUACCCGAAGGCAAAGUGAAAACAAUGGCAAUCAAGAAAAUAAUACAGCCUCAAAAAGAUGCAUCAGAGUUAACAGAAGAAGAUACUAAGCUGCUGCAUAAGAAAAUGAGACAGAUCAAAUCAGAAAUCGAGACGGUUGGGAAAAUUCGACAUAGGAAUUUACUUCCUUUACUAGCCCAUGUAUCUCGGCCACAAUGUCAUUAUUUGGUUUAUGAGUUUAUGAAAAAUGGAAGCCUGCAGGAUAUGUUACAAGCUGUUAAAGAAGGCAGACGAGAAUUAGACUGGUCAACUAGACUCAGGAUUGCAAUAGGAAUAGCAGCCGGGCUUGAGUAUCUCCAUAUGAGCCAUACGCCUCGUAUUGUUCAUAGAGAUUUAAAGCCCGCGAACGUUCUCCUUGAUGAUGAUAUGGAAGCCCGUAUAGCUGAUUUUGGGCUCGCGAAAUCAAUCCCUGAUGCUGACACGCAUAUGACAAGUUCAAAUGUUGCUGGGACGUUAGGAUACAUCGCGCCUGAGUAUCAUCAAACUAUGAAGUUUACGGAUAAAUGUGAUAUUUAUAGUUUUGGGAUAGUGUUGGCGGUCUUGGUGAUGAGUAAGCUUCCAUCGGAUGAGUUUUUUCAAACUACGGCCGAGAUUAGUUUGGUGAAGUGGAUGAGAAAUGUGAUGGUUUCCGAUAAUCCAAAACAAGCCAUCGAUCCAAAGAUGAUGGGUAAUGGAUACGAGGAACAAAUGCUUCUUGUUCUUAAGAUUGCUUGCUUUUGUACACAAGAGGACCCGAAAGAAAGGCCUAAUAGCAAAGAUGUUAGGACCAUGUUGGAUCAGAUCACCCAUCAAGCACGAAAUGAUGGGGCAAUUUAAAAUAAAGAUGCAGCAGAUUGAAAGAAUUUGAUCCAUAUAUAUAUUGAUAUAGUUGUGGUUGUUGUUGUUGUUGUUUAAGUAUAGCUGAUCAAAAUGUUCAUAUGUUUCCUUAUAUGGAAAAUGUAGCAAGUUUUACCUUAAGUAUUUCUUUAAUUAGCAUCAUUAAUAAAUGUGUUUAUAUAUUUUUGAACAA